AUGGCGGCGCGAGCCGCAGCGGCGAUCGACGACAUCGACGCCGCCUUCGACGGCGCGCUCGGGCUUGAGGAGCACUUCCUCGCCGCCGGCUACGCAGAGGGGACCGUCCGCGGCGCGGCGAGCGGCCAGGACGACGGGAGGCGGCUCGGCUGCGACCGUGGGCGCGAGAUAUCUCGGCUGCUGAACGAGGCGGCCGCCACCAUCCCGACGGAGCCGCCGGCGCCGCAGGACGAGGCGGCCUUCGAGGCGAUCGCCGAGCUGCGCGCAAAGAUGCGCAUGCUCGAUGCUUGGCUCGGCGGCUCACGGCUGCCUGCGGUGGAGCCGGACCUUAGCUUUUGA